UUUUUCUCCAAAUAUUAUAUUAUGCUGCGCACAAUAUAGCUCUCCGAUUUCUCUCUCUCUUUCUCUCUUUCUCUUUCUCUCUCUAGAACUCUCCGAUUUCAUUCCUCUCUCUACCGACGAACAAAUUUGUUCCGAUUUGGAUCUGAAUCAGUAUCUUUGAAGGUUCAUUUUAUCUGGUAGUGUUGCUGUGCUGCUAUUGUACUAGUAAUAAUCAAUAUGGCCUAUGAUAUUGAUGAGAUGAAGAAGAUUGGCAUAGGGCUAAUUGGUUUUGGCAUCUUCUUCACAUUUCUUGGCAUAAUUCUUUUCUUUGACCGUGGUUUGCUUGCUCUUGGAAACAUAUUUUGGUUGGCAGGGGUAGCUAUUUUGCUUGGUUGGCGCUCCAUGUGGUCACUCUUCACUAAUAGAACAAACUAUAAGGGUUCUGUGGCAUUUCUUCUUGGCCUCUUUUUCAUUUUUGUGAGGUGGCCAAUAGUUGGUAUAAUACUUGAAAUAUACGGCUGUGUUUUCCUCUUCAGUGGUUUCUGGUCGUCUAUCAAAGUGUUCCUCUACCAUAUCCCAGUUGUUGGAUGGAUCAUACGGUUUCUUUCUCCUCCUUAAUUAUUGCAGAAGGAUAUUUGAAUUUGACUGUUGCUUCCUAGUCUAUUGGUUACCUUGGUAUUAGAAAUUUUCUGAUGAUUUAUGCUUGAAUGUAAUCUUAAGCUAGCUUUUCUAAUAGUUUGCCAUAAGGAAAGUAAGCAUCAUUUACUGAAAUUGGUAGUCAACUGUAAUCUAUAUAUGGUAGCUCUAUAUGUUUGAUCCUUCAAGGCUCAUAUUGUUGUGAAGUUUUCAAUGUGAACAAGAAUAUACAAGCCGGUUAUGCUGUUUUGAGGAAUGAAACUUGCAUAGAAAUUAUACUUUUGUAAAA